AAACCCUGUGCAGGGAGCGCCGCCAUCUUGGACCAGCCCGAGGAAGAUCCUGAGGGAGCCGCAGGGUCAGCUGCCGCCACCGCCGCGACUGCAGCCCGAGUGUCUGCAACCUCAGGCCAGCCCGCCUUCCUGCUGGGUUUUUCUCGGAAAUUCACUGUAACUAGGAAGUGGCAGUACCAGAAUAGGAAUCCAAGCCAUCGAGACUCCAAAACCUUAAGCUACACACCCUCAGGCAUGAACAAGUAAAAUCGCUCAAACAGUACUGCCACUUCCUAGUUACUUAAUUAACCCUAACCAGUGCCACCAUGGCAACUGCACCAUACAACUACUCGUACAUCUUUAAGUAUAUUAUUAUUGGGGAUAUGGGAGUAGGAAAAUCUUGCUUGCUUCAUCAAUUUACAGAAAAAAAAUUUAUGGCUGACUGUCCUCACACAAUUGGUGUUGAAUUUGGUACAAGAAUAAUUGAAGUUAGUGGCCAAAAAAUCAAACUGCAGAUUUGGGAUACAGCAGGACAGGAGCGGUUCCGAGCUGUUACACGGAGCUACUACAGAGGGGCUGCGGGUGCACUCAUGGUGUAUGACAUCACCAGAAGAAGUACAUAUAACCACUUAAGCAGCUGGUUGACAGAUGCAAGGAAUCUCACCAAUCCAAACACUGUAAUAAUUCUCAUAGGAAAUAAAGCAGAUUUGGAAGCACAGAGAGAUGUUACCUAUGAAGAAGCCAAACAGUUUGCUGAAGAAAACGGCUUAUUGUUCCUUGAAGCAAGUGCAAAAACGGGAGAGAAUGUAGAAGAUGCUUUUCUUGAGGCUGCCAAGAAAAUCUAUCAGAACAUUCAGGACGGAAGCCUGGAUCUGAAUGCUGCCGAGUCUGGUGUACAACACAAACCCUCAGCCCCGCAGGGAGGACGGCUAACCAGUGAACCCCAACCCCAGAGAGAAGGCUGUGGCUGCUAGUGACCUCUUUGCUCUUGCCCUCAUUUGACCUUUCACAUCUGUCUGUUGGGAGCAGUACUUUUUACUGCUUCCUUGUCUUCUGUACAUCUUAUUGGGUUUAAUUAAAAAAAGAAAAACAACUCUUGUAAAAACAGUUUAACAAUACUAAACUGCUAAACAACUAGAUGUAAUCAGGUUAUCAAAGGCAAGUAGAGUAAUAAAUCUCUCCUGCAUGGUAAAUCUAGACUUUCCCCCUUUGAUUGUCCUCGUGAUAGGUUUGUCACCAAUAUAUGAUUUAAAAUGAGCACUGAUGCGGGACUCGAUUUUUACCUUCCCUUUUGGCAAGGCUUCGUCUCACUGUACGGUUUAAAUUCGAUCUCUUCAGCCUUUCUCCCAUCUUUAAACUGUUCAUGUAUGUCUGUUGUAGCAAGAAAGUUCAUUGCUGUGAAAUGACUUCCGAUGGUAGAGAAAAGGGGGUCUGCAACUGCUUUUGUUUUUGUUGGAUAAAUUCCCUCUUGUAGGGGUGGCAUUUUUCUUGAUGAGGUUUGCUUCUGUCUUAGCCUUGCACAGGGAAAAAUACCCAUUUAUCUUUUCUUGUGCUUAAUUAAUAGCUUUAUCUUUUUUUUACACCAUUUUAUUCUUUUCUCUUUAACAGAAAGUAAAUAUGUAUAAAAUUUGAAGGAACCUAACUAACAAUACCUUCUGUGUAUAUUAUUUUAAUGAAGAAAAUAAAUUGAUUACUGGCAUUGGAACAGUAUAAAAUACCAGUUUGUACAGUGUGACCUAUAUGAGACCAUGUUACUCUCUUCCAUUUCACACAAGGAAAUAGACACAACUGCAGUUUCACAAGUAAUACUGGCUCCACUCCUUGGUGCUGGCAGUGACUGGGGACAGGCAUAAUGCUGGAAAGAGCUCCUGGCAUCAGCGGAAACACUAGUGGAUUCUAGUCCAUCUUUGCACUGUGGCUUACCUGCUGAUUUUCUUAACUGUUCUUGUGUAAUCAACAAUGUGCUAACCUGCUAUUCUUUUUGUAAACAUUUUGUGUUACAGGCUGCAUUCUUGCCUUACUGUAUAGAAAAAUGGAAGAAGGCUGGGUUUAAUAUUGCACAUUUUAAGCUUUUAUACCUUUAUCUUGGAAUGGUCAACCUCUGGACCAGAUAGCCAGAACCACAGGUCUGCUGUUAAGGGAUUUUAAAUUGUGCAUUUUUAACACUACAGUGAAGUAAUUUAAUACUAUCCUUUGUGUUCAUAGGAUUGAGGGGCUAUUUUAUGUCAUGUUGGUCUAAAUUGUUUAGUAAAAGGGAAGAAUGUUUCUAAGUGUGUAUGCUGACAUGAAGUAAGUCACUACUUUGCACUGGGUGGUCUGGCACAGGAAGAACACCCUGCAAAGGAAACAAGCCUUUAGAAGGAAGGCGUCUGCUUCAGUCCGCUCUCCACUCAUGGUUGUUGGUUUCUAGCUGAGUUGAAAGUGGCUGGGAAUCAAGAGGUCACUGGAAGUGCGUGCAAGGAAGCCCAAGCACAUUAUAGAAAAUGCUCCCAGCUAAGUGCUGUGUUUCAAAUUCACAUUUUAAAUCCCUCUUUACCAGACACUAAUGUAAAAAUACAUCUUUCUGGAUUAUAAACAUGUAGUAGGUCCAGAGUUUUGUAUAGUUGAUGUUAAAUAAAAGCCAAAACUGGAAUGUGCAGAAAAUAGGAUUCGGUUUAUUUGUGAAUUCACCUUUUGUCUUUGUUUAAUUUAAAGGAUUCCUGGAGUAGAUUGAUAUCUUCUGUUAAAGACUUACAUCGAUCCAUUUGCUUACACUGUUGCAUCACAAGGGAUUCACCCAGGGACCAUGACCUGCUGGUGUGUGUAUAUAUUUACAAAAAAAGAAAAGCAAAAAAAACCAAAAAAACAAAAAACAAAAACCACCCAAAUCACCCAUCGGGAUAUAAGGUAGCAAUCACAAACUACAGAUGACUUCAGCUUGUUGAGGUGCAAUGCCCUGACUCUCAGUUAGUUACAGUGGGUCUUGAUUGUUUUUGUGACAGAAGGAUUUAUUCAGACUGCUGUACUCUUCAUUUGAUGUAACAAAAUGCUAUUAUCUAAAUAUUUGUAAAUAAAGUACCUGUAUCUAGAUUAAA